ACUCGUCUUUCUCACUUCAACCUCACAACACAAAACAACCUUCACCAUCUCUUGCAAUUCAAUUAGAGAGAAACAUACUCUCUUCAACCCUUUCAUUUCUUUUCUCCCUCUCUAUAUCCUUUUUGUUCCAUUACUAGCUCUCUUUAAUUAUCAUAAACAAAAGCAACAAAACCUUACCUUACAACCCACUAUAGAAAAAUUAAAUUUCUUUGAACUAAGAUGGCUGUUGACUCAACAAUUUCAUCACCAUUAGGUCCACCUGCGUGUGAGAAAGACGCCAAGGCACUUCGAUUCAUCGAAGAGAUGACUCGAAAUGCCGAUGCCGUUCAAGAAAGAGUGUUAGCUGAGAUUCUAAGCAGAAACGCAGAGACAGAAUACCUUAAACGCUUCAAACUUAACGGCGCCAUCGACCGUGAAACAUUCAAGACAAAGAUUCCUGUCAUCACGUACGAUGAUGUUCAACCAGAGAUUCAGCGUAUCGCCAAUGGUGAUCGCUCUCCAAUUCUCUCUGCUCAUCCCAUCUCUGAAUUCCUAACAAGUUCUGGUACUUCAGCUGGUGAAAGAAAACUGAUGCCAACAAUUAAGGAAGAGUUGGAUCGUCGCCAGCUUCUAUACAGCCUUCUCAUGCCAGUUAUGAACCUUUAUGUACCAGGCUUGGACAAAGGAAAAGGUUUAUACUUUUUGUUUGUGAAGUCAGAAACAAGGACACCAGGUGGUUUAUUGGCCCGCCCGGUUCUCACAAGUUACUACAAAAGUGAACAUUUCAAAACCCGACCCUUUGACCCGUACAAUGUCUACACAAGUCCAAAUGAAGCCAUUCUCUGCCCCGACUCAUUCCAAAGCAUGUAUACUCAAAUGCUAUGUGGACUCAUAGAACGCAACCAAGUCCUCCGCCUCGGCGCUGUCUUUGCCUCUGGUCUCCUCCGAGCAAUUAGGUUCCUUCAGCUCAAUUGGGCCGAACUAGCCCACGACAUUCAAACCGGGACCUUAAAUCCUAAAAUCACUGACCAAAAGAUAAAAGAUCACAUGAAACAUUUUAUCAAACCCGACCCAAAAUUGGCAUCAUUUGUGGUGCAAGAAUGCUCAAAUGAAAAUUGGGAAGGAAUAAUCAUAAAGAUUUGGCCUAACACCAAAUAUUUAGAUGUCAUUGUAACUGGUGCUAUGGCUCAAUACAUUCCAACACUUAAUUACUACAGUGGUGGGUUACCUCUUUCAUGUACUAUGUAUGCUUCCUCAGAAUGCUACUUUGGACUUAACCUUAAUCCAAUGUGCAAACCAUCUGAGGUUUCAUACACCAUCAUGCCAAACAUGGCCUACUUUGAAUUCCUACAUCAUGAAUCAGGGUCAACUAGAACUGUUGGCCUUACUGAGGUGGAAGUUGGAAAAGAGUAUGAGCUUGUGAUCACAACCUACGCCGGAUUGAACCGUUACAGAGUUGGUGACAUUCUCCGUGUCACCGGGUUUCAUAACUCAACACCACAAUUCCAUUUUGUGCGUCGAAAGAAUGUGUUGCUUAGUAUUGAUUCGGAUAAAACAGAUGAGUCAGAGCUACAAAAAGCCGUGGAGAAUGCUUCAAAGUUACUAUCCGAGUUUAACACGAGUGUGGUUGAGUACACGAGUUACGCAGACACGGAGACCAUACCGGGUCAUUAUGUGAUAUAUUGGGAGUUGUUGACAAAAGCAGACUCCCCGAGUCAUGAGGUGUUGAAUAUGUGUUGUUUGGAAAUGGAGCAAUCGUUGAAUUCUGUUUAUAGGCAAUGUAGGGUUGCUGAUCAUUCAAUUGGACCAUUGGAGAUAAGGGUUGUGAAGAGUGGAACUUUUGAGGAGCUUAUGGAUUAUGCAAUCUCAAGAGGUGCUUCAAUAAAUCAAUAUAAAGUUCCAAGGUGUGUUAAUUUUACUCCUAUAAUGGAGCUUUUGGACUCUAGGGUGGUCUCUGUUCACUUUAGCCAAGAUUUGCCACAUUGGACCCCUGAAAGGAUACGUUGAUUUAAUAGAUUAAUUUUGACAUUUGAGCUUAUUGGGUAGCUUUAGAUUUUGUUCUUUUGCAAUUUGUAUCUUCUUUUGGUUGAUGAAAUGUGUAGGAAGGAGUAUUUGAGGAGAGUCUUAUGUGAGAUGAUGGAUUAGGAGGUCUUUUGGUUAGAUUAAUUACUAUGUAUUUUGGUUUAAUUAGUUUACUUGUGCAAAAGAUGGGCAACUCUGUUUAGCAAAUUUGUCUAAUGUAAUUUGUAUGUAUUGGUCAUUUCAGUUGGUAAAGGAAGACAUUUUCUAUUUUAUAA